AUGUCGCUGGUCGCCUACGACGCCUCCUCCGACGAGGAAGACGCCGGCGAGCCCCCCGCCGCCGGUCCAGCCCCUCCUCCGCACCUCUCCACAGCCAUCGGGCCGCAGCCGAGGCCUCCGUCGCCCUCGCCCUCGGCGCGCGCCGCUCCUCAGUACCCUGCGCCGCCGCCUGCCCCCAGCCAGAAUGUAGUGUCAACUAGUUCGAGUAAUGUCUCCAUGCCCACGCCAUCAUUUGAACUACCAGAUGUCGCAGAUCUGUUUGAUUCCCCUUCUCUCCCCUCUAGAGGUUCUGCUGCUAUGGCGGGGAGUUCAUCAAGGAAAAGAGAAUCAAAUGGAUCUGCAAUUCCUCCACGCAGUAAAUUUCCAAGGGCCCAGUCAGCGCAGCCUCGUGGUGGCAGGAAUGCUGCUACGAGCACAUUAGUUCCGCCGCAGCUUAGUGGAAGGAGUAAUGUUGUCACCGAAGAUAUGGGCAAACUGUUUGUGGCCAGACGUACGGAUUAGCAUUUAUAGUACCACUAUAUUGACAAAUUCAGGGCACACAUCUACUGGCUAGGGCUUGGAUAACUCAAGAGAUAGGACGGAUGUACUCUCUAAUGUGACAUUUGUUUGUUGCCUGUUUCUUUGGUGUUCGUCUGUGUUUCAUCGCAACAAUGGUACACUCUGUUGUUGAAAGCAUGUAACUCUUUUGGAACAAUUAGUUGACGUUCUGCUCCGCAA